ACUCUCAUGGCGUUACGUGACCUCUGCUCCAUGUGACCUUUGAGUUGUUGUUGUUGCGCAUCUUUUCUCGUAGAUCUGAAUCACGCGCUCCUCGCUCGCAAGCUCGUUCUCUCUCUCUUCGCUGUCCAUUUGAUAUUAUUACGCACAAGCUGGCCAUUCAACAAGGCUGGGAGAAGCGCUGUUUUGGAGGAUAACUUCAUUGUUUGAACUGAUUUAUCGAUUUUGUUUUCUUUAUUUGAAAUUGUAAAAGGCAAGCAACACUAUGCAUACUAGGAAAUAUGCAAAUUCGUGUUCUUGAUUUGUGUGUGAUGGUCAAAAUGUGCCACAUCACUUCAUUUUGAUUGUUUCUGAUCGGACAUAUUAUGUGUCCGCCUCGGCUUUAAUUAAUAGUUAAUGCAGUUAGCUUGGAGAUGGUAACCGUGGACGUCUAGCUACGUUCGAGCACUUCUGAACCCCCCCCCCCCAAACAAACGUAGUUUUACAUACCUGUGCAUCUAUCUUAUACGCCAGCCCCGUUUUCUUUUAUUCUCAGUUCACAUCGUUCAAGUAAAAAAGUCUUUUUAGUCGUCACAGUGAAUGGUUUUGUGGCAUUGGCAGUAAUUCUAAUAAGCUUAUUUUCUUACCCAAGUUAUGACGUUUCUAUUUCUUCAGAGACAAAGAUCUAAGAUGUGUUGUCUUUUUUCACAUUGCAAGAGAGAAUACCUGAAAUAGAAACUUUGUAAAGAGAUGCAAUAUCAUAGCAUUUAUGAAUGAUUAUUGUGUACAGGUGAAGUAAUGCAGCAGAGGCAUCACUGUGUUAACUAUAACAGCCGGAAAACUUCUAUUCAUCAAAAAAGAUACGGAGGAAAAAACCUCGAAACAUUACACAAUGCAUUUUGGAGAAAAUUGUUUUGAGAGUUCAGCGACACGUGGUCUUCAUGUUAUCCCUGCAAACUCAGGCCAGAAAUAUUUCAUGGAUUUACGUAUUCGUCGAUUUGAAGAGUGAUGUUCUCCAAUUUCGUUUGACAAGUACGGCAAUAUAAUAUGGCACACAAGAAUCUUACGGACGGGCUGGUUUCGUUUGACGAGCAUGUCUCUCGCUUAGGAUAUAACGCCAGGCAAACUCGCGUGGAGCACGGCAUGGGUGUUUACAACUACUACAGCAACAGCAACAGCAGCAGCGGUGAGGGCACGACAGUUAGAGGGAUGCUCGAACUGGAGGCAGAGAAAUAUCUUCAAGAUCUGAACAGAGAGUUUUCGUCUGCACUUCUGCCAGCUAUUGUUGUCCUUGGCAUUUUGAUGACGAUAGGUGUAUUCGGGAACAGCCUGGUCCUGUUUGUGUACUGCCGACGCACAGAGGGUGGCACGGUGUCCAGGUUUAUCCAGGCCCUGGCGGUGUUUGAUCUUCUCAGCUGCAGUGUGGCAAUCCCUGGUGAGAGAGACAGCUGUACCCUUGGCCUAUGUGAGUGUUCAGUUAUUCACCUUCGUCGUGGGCGCCUUCAUCCUCAUUCUUCUCUACUCACUCAUCGCACGCCGGGUGUUCCAGCACGCGCGCAGCCGACAGCGACGACGCAGCUUCGCCAACCUCAACCUAAAACUGGACACGGCGUUAGCCAUUGGGCUCCCGUCCCGCUUAUCCCCUGACUCCGCCCAAACCACGCCCUCCCCUUACACGUCGCCCGUGUCUCCGCCCGUGUCGUUCUUGAGCUUCAGUGAUGAGGGCGGGGACACUAAGUUUAACUCCACCCCUAUCUAUGCUAGGAGGGAAGAAAACAGUUUCUGUACACAAGAGGAGAAAGCACAGCCUUUCCUAAAUCAGAAAUCGGAUACUAUUAAAUAUUGUGUGUACAAAAAGGAGGAACAGGCUUCUGAAGACCAAAUUGACUCAACGUAUUCGGACAAGCUGUGCGAAAAUCAUGAUUACAAAACGAGCGAAAAUGAAACACAUCCAGACAUCUCAAUGGAUGUUGCAAGGAUCAAUGAAUCAAAUGCAUGUGAAAAUUGCGAAUAUUCAAGAGUUGAUCCUUACUCGAACACUGAAGGGGAGAAAAUGAAAAGCCACAGUGAGGCUACGGAGACUUCCGAUGAAAUAACUACAGAUGAGUCAGGUACAACGUCUAGUGGCGAAGUAACUGAUGGUUUCACGUCUGCCAAAUUCACAAGCGCCAUUACAGGAAACCUGCAGGAAAUGGGUUCAAAACUUAUUAAAGACAAACCAACGAAUCGCGCGUUGAGAACAGUGUCUUCAAACCCAUGCCUUCCAAAAGUGUCUACAGUCGGUAAAACUUACCGGUCUCUUGGGCAUCUGAGCUCCCUCAUCAUACCCACCGAAUCGACAAACUCCACCCAGUCAACUGACUCUCAAGAUAACCACCAAAAAAUAACGAGGCCAGAACAUUUGUCUUCAGAUUUCAAAGAAGACAGCGCAUUCCUUCUGAGCUCAAACCAGCCUCUCCAGCCAGCUAAGGAAAAUAUUAAUUCUAUGUCUCUUGAGUUACCCAAAAGGCCAAAGGUUAUACCUUACCGGAAUUCCUUGACCCUUGAAUUUCUUCCCCAGUUCCAGAGGGCUCAGAACCGGAAGUUUUUAUUUUCUAGUUCCAGCUUCGGCGCAGGCGACAAGAAACUGGUGUCCGGUUGGCGAAGUCCAGACAGACCACUUUCAGGAGACAUAUCGAACGCAAACAUCAAGGCAGGUGUGUGCAGAACCAGGAAACGACGACCAUCUCUGCGCGGGUUCAGAAGUCUCCGCAAGUUGAAUAUCCGCUCUGAGGCUCCUGGCGCACUCCGGACCACCCUGAUGUUCUCUCUCAUCACUCUGAUCUACGUGACGUCAUUCCUGCCCCACCUGGCGCUGAUGAUACUCAAGUUCGCCAACCCGGAGUUGGUGUCAGAGUCAAGCGACGCCUGGGAGCUGGCGCAAAACCUUCUCAUCCGCUCUUAUUUUCUCAACUCUGUGUCCAACCCUAUCAUCUACAGCUUCUGCUCCCAGAACUUCUUCCGAGAGUGUAAGAAUGCGCUUCGGUGUGGUCGAUAGGAGAGGUGAAUUGUAUGUCAUGGUAGAGGAUGGGGUAGGGUGGAAAGUCAGUUAAUGUAACAUAAUGCUAAAUAGGAUAGGAAUGUAGUGUAUGCUAUGGUAUGAAAUAGGAUAGAAUGCGAUGAUAUGGGGUGAAAUGAGAUGUGAUACAGAUGGAAGGAUGGAAUGAGAUGAGACGGGAAGGGAUGGGAUGGGAUGGGAUGGGAUGGGACGGGAUAGGGUAAGAGGUUCUGAUCGGACAUACUGAAUAGUCUCUAGAAUUUUGUGUCUUUGCUUACUUUAAACACAAAAGAAUGCUGUUUAUAUUUAUGAUUUGACCUCGCCAUGUUAUGUACCAAUUCUACUUAUUUUAGGGUUCUGUUACCAAGUUGCCGAAUGUGAAGAGGUGUGUAUUUCUCUGAUUGAUUUGACACCAGUGAGUUGGGUAUUUUACCUAAAGAGGUCUCCGAUGGAAUAUUAACCCAGCAAAAGGGUUCAUGUUCGGGGUUAGUUCUUAUGGAGCUAUGCUUCAAGAUGGUGGCCUCUUUCUCAUCUGUCUCAAGGACUGUAUUACUGGUGGCGAUAAAAGAUACUCUUUCUUUCGUUCUUUCUAGGCGUUGUUCGUUCACUGCAGGAUGCAGCCCUACAACAACGACCUCCGCUUUGUUUUAUUGGCUCUUUUCUGUGCCGACAUUCUACCCCAUCGGCUCUUUGAUAUCGUCCUGCCAUCUUUUAUUCUGUUAUAACUGUUUGAGACAGACUGACGUUUUGGUAGCAACCACCGAUUUAUUCCAGAGUAAUUAGCGUCGAGCCUUAAAAACUUCAAAAUCUCCAAUGGUCUACUGGACCAACAUGUCGGAUAUCGACGUUGUUCUGCAAUAAAGAUCCAUAGACACCAUGGAGUUUUUUUUCAAAAAGCGUUGUAGUUGAAUAACGUUGGAAUAAAUAGGUGCUUGUUUUGGGUUGCUGUAACCCUUUCCCUUUUUGUAAAGCGUAUAUAUCCUCUUGGCACGUACGGAGUUGCACUCUACACGUGGUCUCAAUACUGUGAUACAGAGACAGUUCUUAUGUCCCUUACUCUGACAACAUGGAAUACACACACACGUUGUUCAGAAUUCCCCUUGACUGGGUGAACAAACAAUUAUGUAAAUAAAUGCUAACAUAAUAACAUUUAAACAAAUAAACCAACAAUAAAGACUGUGAACGAAAGAAUGAUUGUGGUGUUCUAUUCGUCUGCAUGCGGAAGCUCUCAUUUUUCCUAUCGUAGGGUCAACCCAAAGCUCUUGUGAAGGCGCAGAUUACACUUAAUACAGAUGCUAAGACGAAACAAAUAAAUGUUCUUUCAUGUCCUCAAAAGGCUUUGCUCACACACAAGGAACGUUGCUAGUUAUUUUACGUUCUUUUUUGUCUUAUAAAAAGAGUUCUUCUAUGUCAUACUUGUAAAACUGAUAUUGAUCUUCGUACAGAUGUAAUGCCUUUCGAAAAUGCACUUGUACAUCUUGUGAAAACUGGAAUAAUUAAACAAAACAGCUUGAUAUUAAAGUUUGCUUUUGUGAAUUCU